AGCAACAGUACCAUCAGGAAGCCUGAGAAUAUAGCAGACUUUGACACAAAGCUCUCCUCAGACAAACCAGUCCCAUUACCAAGGGCUAUGUUCAUAUGAGGAACCUGCCAUGUCACUCAUACAACUUACACAAGACAUUUUGAGGAAUGAUGUGGGUAUGAUGCUGUUCUCCCUGCCUUGAUGAUGUACGAGGUCAUGUCAGGAGACACCAGAACACUGUCCUGGAAGGUACCCAGCCCAGGCCACAACAGGCCAGAACCUAGCCCAGAGGACGCAGCCAUCGCUGGGAAUGGAGGGCCAGUCAAGAUCCUUAAAGUCUGCUUCACCACAAGCAGCAACCUGGGCAAGAACUUUAAACUGGUCAAGUGUGACAGCUCCUGGCAGAUUAGGGCUAUUAUCCAGUCUAUUCUGAACAGCGGUCGACUGGGGCCCAACAUCCAGUACAAGAACUGCUAUGGCCUCCUGCUGAAGCACCUGAAGUCCGAGGAGCUGCACUGGCUCCACCCUGAUCUGACCGUGGCCGAGGUGGAGCAACGCUAUGAAAGUCACCAUGUUGAGGCAGAGUGGAGGUAUGACCUGCGAGUGCGCUACAUCCCAGAUAAUUUCCUGGAGAAGUUUAAAGAGGACAGGACCACUUUGCUCUACUUCUAUCAACAGGUGCGUAGUGAUUACAUGCAGUACCAUGCCAGUAAAGUGAGUGAUGGGAUGGCUCUGCAGCUAGGCUGUCUGGAGAUCAGGAGGUUUUAUAAAGACAUGAAUGCGAAAGGUCUUGAAAAGAAGUCCAACUUUGAGCUGCUGGAGAAGGAGGUGGGGCUGGACCUCUUUUUUCCUAAAGGGCUGAUAGAUAGCAUGAAGCCCAGAGCGCUGAGGAGGCUCAUCCAGCAGACGUUCCAGCAGUAUGCCACGCUGAAGGAGGAGGACUGCAUGAUCAAGUUCUUUGAAACCUUGAUCCAAUUUGUCAACGUCGACGAGGAGGUCUUUCCCUGUGAGCUAGUGCAAGGCUGGAGUCUGUCUGUGGAGCUGGUGAUCAGAGCCAAGGGAAUUCGCCAGCGCACCCAGAAAGAUUCAGCACCUGUGUGUAUUGCUGACUUUAAACAAAUCAAAAACAUCAAACACUUACCUCAGACUGAUGGCAAAGCCCUCAUCACCUUGGACAUAGAGGGAGCCAGACAAUCCCUGUCCAUCAACGUGGCCACUUUUGCCAUGGCUGAGAACAUGGUGGACCUCAUUGACGCAUACUGCCGCUUGGAAAGCGGCAAGGAUGACACGUUCAUCUCCAGAACAAACAAAGAUACCCAAAGAAGUUCUCUACCUGCAAUUCCAACUACAAAGGACACAGAGAACUUCAGAUACAGUAUGGGAUCGGAUAUUUAUUGUGAGAUUAUGGAGGAGAAGCCAAGGGCUGUGGUGAAGUACGGGAUUGAAAGACAGAACAUAGUCCUCGGACGAAUUCUUGGCUCUGGGUUUUUCGGAGAGGUCUACGAUGGCGUUUACAAAAAGCAGAGCGGAGACAGGGUCAGUGUGGCUGUGAAGACCUGUAAAGACUGUUCUCCUGACGUCAUGGAGAAAUUCAUGAGUGAAGCAGUGAUCAUGAAGAACUUGGACCACCCCAACAUCGUCAAGCUCAUUGGAAUCAUAGAAGAAGACCCAGUGUGGAUCGUCAUGGAGCUCUACCAACAUGGAGAGCUGGGGAACUACCUGGCCCAGAACCAGAAGAAUCUGACCAACGUGACCCUGGUCCUGUACUGUCUCCAGAUCUGUAAAGCCCUGGUCUACCUGGGGGGGGUGAACAUGGUGCACAGAGACAUUGCGGUGCGCAACAUUCUCGUGGCCGCUCCAGACUGUGUGAAGCUCGGUGACUUCGGGCUCUCCAGAUACAUAGAGCAAGAGGAGUACUACAAAGCUUCAGUAACGAGACUGCCGAUCAAAUGGAUGGCUCCUGAAUCAAUAAACUUCAGACGUUUCACAUCGGCUAGCGAUGUCUGGAUGUUUGCGGUGUGCCUGUGGGAGAUCAUAAGCCGUGGGCAGCAGCCGUUCUUCUGGCUGGAGAACAGGGAUGUGAUCAACCAGCUGGAACAGGGCAUCAGGCUUCCCAAACCAGAGGAGUGCCCCCCCGCCCUCUACUCACUCAUGACCCGCUGCUGGUCCUACGACCCCCAGGAACGACCCACCUUCACUGAGCUGGUGGUCAAGAUCAGUGACGUGCAUAAGAUGGAGAAGGAGGAGGAGGUGGAGAGACAGAGAGACAGAGCCAGAGGCGCACGCAAUACCAGGCUCUUUGAACCCAAGUUCACCAUCAGUGAACCUCCUCCUAAGCCUUCGAGGAUGCCAGGACGCUUUGGGAAGCAAGCCAGCUUUGGCCUGCACAUUGAGCUGAACGAGGCGUUGUGUGCCAGCUCUCCAGACCUGGCCAGCCCAUGUGACUACCAGUCUCCUCUGGACUCCACGGACAGCUUGAUGGUCCCUAAGUUGUCUCCCCGACGACGUAGUAUGGGGGAGAGGGACUUCAUUGCGGUGCCCACCAAGGAGGAUGCCCAGCGCCUGUGGCAGAGUGAUAGAGACCUCCUGCAGAGCACCCUCCUCCAGCAGAAAAAGGACAUGAAGGAGGACAACAAGUGGCUGGAGAAGGAGGAGAAACUAUUGGAUCCCAUGGGCUCCAAUAUAGUGAACAGUCCAGAGUUGCCAGUGCCGGAGAAUGUUCAUGCUCCUCCGGAGAAGCCUGCUCGCCUUACCGCUCAGGCGGCCCCCACAGCUGAACUGGACCGCUCUGAGGACAAGGUGUAUCAUUCAGUCAUGGAGCUGGUCAAGGUAGUAGUGCAGCUGAAGAAUGACAUUGGCACUCUACAGCCUGAGAACUACAUCUCUGUUGUGAAGUCUGUAGGACUUACCCUACGGGAUUUGAUUCGCAAUGUGGAUGAGAUUCUACCCACCUUACAUGAUUCCAUCAAAACUGAGAUUGAAGGCACUCAGAAGCUCCUGAACCACGACAUGGCGCAGGUCAUCAGUAAGAUGCGCCUGGCGCAGCAGAACGCCAUCACCUCUCUGAAGGAGGAGUGUAAGAAGCAGCUGCUGUCUGCCGCACACACGCUGGCCAUGGACGGCAAGAACAUGCUGGACGCCGUCGACCAGGCUAGGGUCAGGGCCAACCUGGCCAAGCCCAAACCCGAGGCCUCCUAAUGGACUUGACCGGGGUCUGGUCUCUUGAGGGGUCUUGGAUGUAUAGUGCGGCCGCAGGGGACAUGUUGUAGUUGGUGUGACGUGUGACUCAUUAACUAGUCCUGCAAAGGUGUUUCUGUCAGACCAAAGUUGUGAAUGAGAUUGUUGGAGGAGGACAGGAGGGUCUCUCCAAAAUGUUUGGUUGCCAAAGAUGCUAAUGUUGACCAAAACAAUACUUUUUUUUCACUUGGAGUCUUUAAACAUUUGUUGUUUUAUAAAACGGGGGGUUGUAAAGUGGUAUAAAGCUAAAUUGUUAAAUAAUAAAUGUACUAAAUAGUUGGAGUGGAUAGCCUUCUACUCUACUACUAAGUUCUUAUGACAACUUUUUUUUUGUGCCAUGACUUUGUUGAGACUGUUGAAAGAAAAUAAAUGAGAUAAAAAAUGCA